UUCUAAAACCUAUUGACUGCGUUCGCAGCUCUUUGACUGAACGUAGGCUAUUUGUAAGAGAAAACCCACCACUUUGAAGGAAAACGACCAUUGCGCUGACAGUUCACAUGCACGCUGAAUAACAGCUUACGCGCUGCGGUCUUCGCACGUCACGUACGAAAUCGCUACGGCAGCGACACAAACAACUCCGAAAGUAGCCGUUUCUCUGGAUUUCCUCAGCACUCUCUGUAUUUCACGCCUGUGGGAUUAAAUUGUGCAGAAUAGGAAGGUUCCUCAGACCUCCUGAGGAAGAACGGACAACAAUGAUUCCGAUUCCUGUGCCGAGACCUCUGCCUGUGUUGGAGUGAGAUGCACUGACUCCUGGCAACCUGCAGUAUUUCUGUAAUCCUCCACUCAACUCCAAGCCAUGCGGUUGUUAUGGAAAAUGGGAGUGACCCUCCUUUUGGGCACCUACCUUAAUAUUAGUUGCAAGUAUCAAACAUAUGCCCUGGACAUUCCACUAGAUGUUUUAGCACGCAUGAACAUGGAGCAGCUGCCCACAAUUACAGAGCACUCUCCUGCCUCUCUGAUCGCCUUCCCUUUCGAAGAGAGCUUCCCUGUGAAGUGUGAGGCCACAGGAAACCCUAUUCCAGAAUUCAGGUGGACAAAGAACGGGCAAGACUUUGAUCCCUAUCAGGAUCCCAGAUUGAUAACAUUAGAUGAGUCUGGAACAUUCGUCAUUCCAAAUAAUGGGAAUCUCACAGAAUUCCAGGGAAAUUACCGCUGCUUUGCGACUAACAAGUUAGGAACAGCCAUGUCAGAGGAGAUCGAAUUUAUUGUUCCCAAUGUUCCGAAGUUCCCUAAAGAGAUCAUUGACCCAAUUGAGGUUAUGGAAGGUCAGUCAGUCAUUCUGGAAUGCAAUCCACCUAAAGGAAUCCCUCCGCUGCAAAUCUACUGGAUGACAAUAGGUCUAGAGCACAUCGAGCAGGACGAGAGAGUAUCAGUGGGUCUGAAUGGGAAUCUGUACUUCUCGAACGCCAUUGAGACUGACAGUCGAAGAGACUACUGCUGCUUUGCUGCCUUCCCACGCAUACGGACCAUCGUCCAGAAAACGGCCAUGUCCGUCAUUGUCAAAAGCAACAAGUUAAUGAAGGACUCAGGCUCUGGUAGCGGCAGAGGUUAUGCAAACUCUCUCUUGGAGAGGAAGCCCAGUCUACUGAUGCCCAAAGGAAUGGAGUCCCACACAUAUUUGGUGAAAGGAGAAGAUCUGCAGUUGGAAUGUAUUGCAGAGGGCUUUCCAACACCAAAAGUGGAGUGGUUGAAAAUGGGCCAAAAGCUUCCAGAAAGGAUCAUAGUGGAGAGUCAUGGAAAGUUGCUGACAAUAGAGAUGGUAAAUGAAGAGGAUGAGGGGAAAUAUAUGUGCAAAGCCAAAAAUCCCUAUGGAGAAGUGGUGCAUUACUUUCAUGUUACAGUAGAAGAACCUCCUGAGUGGGAGAUAGAACCUCAGAGUCAGUUGGGUACGAUUGGAGCUGAUGUUGUGAUCAAGUGUGUCGUGACGGGAAAUCCUCAACCUAGUGUGACAUGGAGAGUCAAUGGCCGACCACUGAAUGAGGUCCCAGCAUCCAACAGGAAGGUCUUGAAAGAUGGCACCAUUUUCAUCCACAGCGCAAACCCUGAUAAUAGCGCUGUUUACCAGUGUGAGGCCUCAAACAGACAUGGCACCAUCCUAUCCAAUGCCAACAUCAUGAUUAUGAACAUCCAGCCAGUGAUCUUAACAGAGAACAAUCUUCAAUAUACCACAGUGGAGGGGAAAGGUGUUUUCAUGAACUGUAAGGUCUUCAGCUCGCCAUCCUCCAGCAUUACCUGGAGUAAAGCUGACAGUGCUAAUGCUGUGGAAGGAGAAGGAUUCUCCAUUCGUAAGAAUGGCUCGCUGGAGAUCCAUAACGUGAUGAAAGAAGACAGUGGGGAAUACUCUUGUUUUGCUCAAAACACAGAGGGCAAAGCUGCCAUUGCUGCAACCCUUGAGGUCAAAGAUCCAACCAAAAUAGUAGACCCUCCACAAGAUUUGCGGAUUUUGGUCGGAACCACCAUCCAGUUUUCAUGUCAGGCAGAGUUCGAUCCUUCCUUCGGUAAUGAUUUUGAGAUCCUCUGGGAUAAAGAUGGCAUAGCUCUUAACAGCAGUGAGAACACACGAUAUGUGCUCGAUGAUGGAGUACUUAAGAUCAUCAAUGUGAGCUUUGGAGACCAGGGCUUAUAUGCCUGUGUGGCCAGAACACCAGUCGACCAAGACACGGCAGUUGCACAGCUUUCAGUUGUGGAUGUUCCUGAUCCACCCGAGAAUGUGAUUCUGUCUGAAAUCAAUGGCAGUAGUGUGAAACUGCAGUGGAUAUCAGGAGAUGAUCAUAACAGCUCAAUUACUGAGUUUGUUAUAGAGUUCGAGGAAAGCCAUUAUGAGCCAGGCAGCUGGAAGGAGCUGAUGAGAAUACCAGGUAACCAUCACUCUGCAAUGCUGAAGCUGCAUGGACAUGUGGACUACCGCUUCAGAGUCUCUGCCAUCAAUGAGGUCGGGAGAGGUCGAGCAAGCCAGACCACUGAAAGAUACAAAACUCCACCAUCAGCACCUGACAAGAACCCUGAAAAUAUCAAGAUCGAAGGUCAUUUGCCACAUGAAAUGGAUAUCAACUGGGAGCCGUUGUCACCUCUUGAACACAACGGCCCAGGUUUGGAGUACAAGGUAAGCUACAGAAGACAAGGUACUGAAGAAGACUGGACAGAACACAUCGUUAAGAGGCACUCGUUUGUUGUUAAAAACACCCUGACGUUCGUCCUUUAUGAGAUCAAAAUUCAGGCCAAGAACCAUGCGGGCUGGGGCCCGGACCCCAAAAUAAUAACAGCAUACUCAGGAGAGGACUUCCCCUCAGCAGCUCCGGAGGAUGUAGCAGUUGAAGUUAUGAAUGACACCAUGGUGAAGGUUAGAUGGGCCCAUGUUCACAAGGACAAACUUCAUGGACAUCUGGGGGGCUACAGGGUAAACUUGUUGAGGCUUCGUAGUCUACUUCACUUAACGAAAACACAUGGAGAAAAACACUCCCUGACAUUUUCUGGGGAGAGGACCCAUGCGGUAGUUACGGGGCUCAGGCCCUUCUCUGAAUACAGCCUCAUUGUCAUGGCCUUUAACAACAGAGGAAAUGGGCCUGGAAGUCAUCCGGUCAGUUUCAAAACCCCUGAGGGAGUUCCUGGUCAAGUGGCUUCUUUCAGGGUUACAAACAUCCAAAAACACAAGGUCACCCUGACCUGGUCGUCUCCCACUGAUGCAAAUGGAGUUCUAAUUGGCUACAUCCUGCAGUACCAGCUGAUAAAUGACACAGAGGAAGUAGGCCCUCUGAUGACCAUGAACAUCUCCGCUGACAGCAAUAAGCUGCACCUCCAGGACCUCGAAGCCCUGAGCAGAUACAAGUUCUACCUGCGGUGCUGUACGCGGGUGGGCUGCGGACCAGCUGCCAGUGAGGAGUGCACAACUGUCCCUGAAGCGAGUGAAGGUAACUGGAUGAUAUCUGAUGCGCUAAACUCUUCUAAGAAUUUCCACGUCAUUGAAGGGCUCGAACCUUGGACUGAAUACACAGUGCGUCUUAUGACUAAAAGCUGGGUUGAUAAUUCUAGUAUUUUUGAAGACGUUAUCAGGACCAGGGCCAAAGGUCUGGCCAGUAUUCAUGGUGGCAUCUCCAAUCAGGGCUGGUUCAUCGGGCUCAUGUGUGCUAUAGCACUACUGACCCUAACGGUACUCAUCGCCUGCUUUGUACACCGAAACAAAGGAGGAAAAUACUCAGUAAAAGAGAAAGAGGACCUACACCCAGACUUGGAGUCCCCAGGCAUAAAUGACGACACCUUUUGUGAAUACAGUGACAAUGAUGAGAAACCGCUGAAAGGCAGCCAACAUUCCUUGAAUGGCGACUUGAAAGGAGGGGACAGCGGAGACAGCAUGGUGGACUAUGGCGACGAGGAUGCUCACUUCAAUGAGGACGGCUCUUUUAUCGGAGAAUACUCUGGACGCAAGGAGAGGGUCUCCACAGAAAUCAAGGGAAACAAUCAGAGCACAGCGUAAUGGACCACCGACAAAUAAUUUCUUGGACAAGCUCUUGCAAAAGGUCAGUCAAAAGGGAGCAAAAGGGAAAAGCUGUAACGCAACGGAACGCGAAGGACAUUUUUGCAAUUAAUGUGUUAUUGUCCAGCUCUCAGUCAUUCUUACAUAAUUUUACAAUGCUUAGUUUUUUUUUUUUUUUUCUGUGUACCUUAACUGAUCAAUCAUGUCAGUUGUGUAUACUUUUGUGGGGUGUUUUUGUAUUAAAUAUUUGCAAAUCUUUGGUGACUGUGGAGCUGCCGCAACAUUUUUAUUUUAUUUUUUUGUGUAAAUUUUGAUGGGAGAUAAGAGGAAAACAUUCCUAUUUACACAAUUCUGGUUUCUUCAAUAUUUGUGUCAUCUUGUAACCAAUCAAGAUUUAUGUCAGGGUAUGAACUUUGUAUUUUUAUUUUUUUGUUUAAGGCAAAUUUUAUUGACAUUUUAUAUUGCAGAUACUGUAUACUGUUCAUUCAUAAAAUGUGGGUUAUUAUGUGUACAAAGGAGUUGUUGCUAAUGAAAAAAAAAAUCAUAAUUUCGGUUUAAAUCCAAAAAGGGCAAGGCAACAUAUCGGUUGCCUUGCUACAGUUAGACUCAAAUGCUUCGUUGAACAUUUACUGUGCGCAUUUUAAUUAACGGUUCAGGCUAUACUAACAAGCUGCAUAGCCACAUUCAAUACACCAUAUACAUUACAGUGAGUCUGCUGCUGUUAACUCAUUAGCCAUAUUACAGUAUAUUGUCAGAUAGGCACAUAUUCAAUUUUCACACAUAAAAAAAAAAAAAAAAAUGCCUCUUUUGCCUUAGAGUGACUUUGAUGUACUGGUAAGUGGAAUUCCACGAUUCCAUAUCGACUUUAAAUCCUUCAAACAUAAAUUUCACAAAGUUGGGAAAAUCAAAGACACCAUAUGCUGUCAAGAAAAUACAGUUAUGUUCAUUUGGACAUACAGUAUAAGAAUUAAGCAAUGGUCUUUUUAAGAAACGGCUUCACUAAAAGUCAUACUCAGAUAGGUUUUUAAAGGAAUUCUGAACAAUGUUUCUGUACAAACAUUCUGUUUGCAUGUUGAAUGAGGUUUGUGUGCAGAUUUGACAUUAAAUUGUAUAAUUUUUUUCUUCAUAAUG